GUCACUGACAUAACCAUAACCUUAAUUUCUCGAUGAAAACAUAAAUAUGAAAUUGAUUUGAAUUCAAUACAAAUAAAAUUAUUUUUUUAAAGCAAAUAACAUGUUGGUAACAGAUGCUAGAGUUAUUUGGAAUAGCCUCAAAGGAAUUGCUUGUAUAUAUAAACCGGCAGAUGUAGGAGUCAGACAAAUAAGACAAACAAUUAUUUAUAAAAUAUGUUCAGAGCUCAAUCAAAUGGAAUGUAGGCCCCCAAUAGAACGAGUAGAAAUUGAAGGAGAGACAACAGGGGAACUUACAGUUAGAGUAGGUACUAACUUGGCAGAUGAUGUCAAAGUUAUUGGUCCAAGGUAUCAUCAAGAUGAUUUUGUUUGUUCUUGGUCGAAUUACUUGGGUAGAAGAACUAGUGGAGUCCUCCUCUUUGGUUUGAGAGGUGGAACAAAUAUCUCAAAAUAUAUUAGAGAAAAUAAGCCGACUAGAGCAUAUCGAAUAACUGGUUGCUUAGGGCAAGCAACCGAUACAGCUUGGAAAGAUGGAAGGGUAGUAGAGCGAACAACUUGGAAACAUGUUAAGUAUGUGCAUAUGGAAUCCUUGUUAUCCGCCAUGCAAGCAGCUCAUCAAAGAAAAAUGUUUGAGUUAUGCGGCGUCAACAUGCAAUCUCAACUUGCCUAUGAACUGGCAGCAAAAGGACCAAUAAGACCUGCUGAUUCUAAAAUACCAAUGAUCUAUGGGAUCAAAUGUGUUGAAUUUGAACCACCUAAUUUCACCCUAGAAAUCCAUUGCAUGAAUGAAUAUGAAUCAUAUUUAUGUCACUUGAUCCACGAAAUUGGGAUGAAGCUCCACUCAAGUGCUCAUUGUACAGGAAUUCGGUGUUUACGACACGGUUGUUUUACGGUAGACGAUGCCCUCUUGAGGAAACAUUGGACACUUCAAGGAAUAGUGUCAAAUGUCGAACACUGUAAGCAGCUGUUGAAAAAGAAUUCAUUCCUUGUUAAACAAAAGGAAGCAGCACUUCAGCAAAUUCGGGGCUAGAAGAGUCCUUUUUUUACCUCUUUACUGUGAUCAAUUAUGAUAAGUCUCAAAAUUGUGGGGAUGAAGACAAUAAAUACACAUCUCUCAGAGAUUUAAGGAUUUGAAUCAAUGUGUCUAAAACAUUUUAGAAAUGUUUCAAAUAGAUAUGUAUAAAAUAAAGUCAGAUAUUUAGAGAA